GCUCGUAUUACCACACUUGCUACGAAAGACUACCAACGGUACAGAGAUCUCCCUUCCGACUGCCGCCCCUCUAUCACCUCUUGCAUAUCUUCCGAAGCGGUUAUAAGUAGCCACGCCGAGACGCGGAAACCAGGAUUGCCUAGAAUAUUAUUGGACUCACUCUUACAACCAUUCCAACACUAUAAGUCCUCUCUCUGCCAGCAACUUAUCCCAAUAUCUAAAGCAACAUGCCUGUUCCCCACUACGGUGUCUGGGUUUGUGAGCCGACUCGGUAUGUUGCCCAGCGACAUGGCGUGCGCACCCCACACAUCGAGCUUUAUUUCAAAGAUGACGACUCCGGGAGGGAGCGAAAGGCCGCCAUUAAUGUGAAAUCGAACGGAGAAGAGUCUCGCUUGGUGUUCUGGUCUUCUGAUGACUUUGCUCAUCCUAACACUAUUCAACUUGCCCAGCUGGACCUAGGCUUUCAUUCAAUCCCGGAUCCUCGUGGUCGUGCUCGAGAUCUCGUGGGACUAGACUAUCUGCGACUGCGUAACCUCCUGAAUCUCGAAUCUGGACGAGUUCUGCCGCAUGAUAUUCCUGGCCGUGAUAAUGAUAUUCUGGACGUCGUCCGGCCGAUUCUAGAUCGAGCAAUCAGGAGCUCAGCAAAGGUGUUUAUCUUUGGCUCAUCCUUCGGAUCCGGGAUUCAUGAUGUCCAUAUGAACCAAGGCAGUCUUCCUCGGUACGAUAAUGGCGUGUAUCAGGACGGGGGCUUGCUGAUUCAGUUUGCCGAUGGCCAUUGGGAAGCAGUCUUCCUGGCCUUUGCCUCCCAGAGGAUUCCCACCGACGAUGUGAGCGGGCUGCCGGAGCGACAUAGUCGAAGUCUGUUGCAGAUCCUGGCUCCGCGAGAACACAAUCUCUAGAGAAGUCGACUUAAAGCACGGUGGU